GUAGUGUGUAGACGGACUGCAACAAGGCCUAGUGGCUGUCGGAGUACGGGGAGAUCCUGAUAGGCAAACGAUAGUCUGGAAAACGUAAAACCAGCUCAGGCACAAUCAUGUCAAUCGAAGUGGUGGAAAACAACGUCGGUCACCUUCUGGAAGGUCCACACUGGGAUCAAGCCUCGGGAAGCCUUCUUUACGUCGAUAUCCUAGGGCAGACAGUCUCGAGAUACAAUCCUGGGACGGGAAACACCGUGAAAGUUAAUAUAGGCAAACAGGUUGGUGCCGUUAUACCCACUCGCAGCGGGCGAACCCUUGUGGCAGCCACCCACGAGAUAGGGUUUCUCGACUGGGAUUCAGGGCAGAUCGAAACGCUUAUUGAAGUUGAGAAAGACAGAGCAGAAACAAGAUUCAACGAUGCCAAGUGCGACUCGUCUGGAAGACUUUGGGUCGGGACGAUGGGAUUCGAGUCUUUACCCCCUGGUCUGAACGAAAAAGUCCUGCCAGGUUUGGCUUCACUUUACUGUCUUCAUCCGGAUAAAUCCCUCAAGACACAUCUUCAAGGAGUCGGUCUUUCGAAUGGAAUGGCGUGGGCAGAAGAUUACAAGACCAUGUACUAUAUUGAUUCUUUUUCGGGUGGAGUGGAUGCUUUCGACUACGACGUUGCCAGUGGCACGAUAGCAAACCGAAGACGAGUGAUCACUAUCCCUAAAAAUGAAGGAUUCCCUGAUGGGAUGUGCAUUGAUAGCGAGGGAAAGCUCUGGGUUGCUCACUUCAUGGGGGCUGCUGUAAAAAGAUACGACCCAUUAACAGGGGAGAAGCUUAGGACGGUACAACUACCGACCGACAUCAUAACCAGUUGCUGCUGGGGUGGGGCCAAUCUUGAUGAGCUGUAUGUGACUUCAUCUAAACUCUCGCUGAGCGAAGAGAAACUGAAGGCUCAAGAUACUGCCGGCUAUCUCUUCCGGGUUACUGGACUUGGGGUCAAAGGGGUCAAAGCUGAACUGUUUGAUGACCUGAGUCACCUUGCAUAAUAAACAAAUAUAUCAGGCUUUGAGAAAGUAUAGUGGAAUUAUUUAUCCGAGGUUGGUCUGGCUAUUACUAUUUUUCCCGAGGGGCGAAGCCCCGAGGGAAAUAUAGUAGUUUUGCCAGUCCAACCGAGGAUUGAUAAUUCCCACUAUGCUUUCGAAUGAAACGCCUGAUAUAUUUGUUUUAUAUCCUACUUUUAAUGAUCUUUAACCAAAAUCUAUGCGCUGAGCUCGCAAAGUCCGGUUACUUGCAUUGAAUUACCUACUUCGUGCCACCGCGCUCAGCGGAACGCAGAUUAGUGCCUGCGCCGACGCAUCACGGGACUUGCCUGGGAGAGAGAGAGAGCUGGCCGGUGUGCCCGAGAGUUUAGCUAAAUAUCCAGUUUUCUGAAAUAAUGACGUCAGAGUAUUGGUAUAGCAAAGAAUAUAUCGAGGUCUGACGUCACGCAACAUCAUAGUUGAAAUAAAUUUGGUCACAUGAUGCUAGUUGAACCAAUCACUAUGCAGGAUUCAAUCUAUGUAGGAUAUAAAACGAACUGUAAUACCACACAUUUACCUUUAUCACCACACGAUGAAUCCUUUGAUUGCAGAAUACCACAGUCACACCAACGAAUCCAACGUCAAACCGACAUUAAAGAAUUAAGUAAUGAUUUUGUUAGGUUUUCCCCUUUUUUGACGUGGAACUGUUAGAUUGCUCGAGCCCCUAGGCGCCCCGCGUAUCCGCCAGUGGUGAAUAAUUUGACAGUGAAUAUUUUUUAUUUGGAAUGGUACCGUUUGCACACAUUAGCCGUCAUGGAGGAUCGGGGAGCUGAAGCUCCCAAUUCCCGGGAUCGACCCCCCCCCCCUAUGUGCACUACCUUUAUCAUUGUGUACUCUUGGGCUUAAUAAAAUGCAACAAUGAAAAUUAAAUGUAUAUUGCACUAUAUAAAUCAUGAUAAUGAUUGAACCCAACUGACCCUUAUUGAAGAGUACAUCUCUCUAACAACACAGAGUAAAAUUUUACCCAAUAUUGGGUAAAAAAGAGAACAUGCAGAUUUGCUGGGUAUUUGUUUUGUACCCCAUAUUUGACUAGUUCAACGCAAUACUGCGUAAAAUUUACAAACUCCUUUUACCCAUCCAACAUGCAUGUUCCCAUUUUACCCAAUAUAGGGUAAACCUCGUCUUUAGAGUAGCAUUUCUUUGCAAUUAUCGAUUGUUACAGUAUGAUAAUUCUGAAUUUAGUAAAGGCAAAUUAAAAUGUAUAUAGUUUAUUAAUCGGUCGCCGAGAAUUUUGUAUUUUAUGAUGAGUUUCCACAGAAUGUCAUAUGACGAUAUCGGGUACUUAUUUUAUAAAACUGAUCAUGAAAUUGCACAUGUCGUUAUGAAAGACUGGAACACAGUUUCUUGGUAAAUGAGAUAUCCAAAGUUUUCUCUGUUUAAGUGGACUGAAAAUCCUACUUCCAUGACUACACUUUAUUAAACAUCGUCUUUGCAUUCGAACGUUGUUUGAAUCAAGUAUUUAAAUCUAUUCCAUGUAUGGUUUAGCAAGUAUCACAGGCCUAAUUCAUUUCCCAUAGACUCGUGCGUUAAGGUGGCACUUAAAAAUAAUUCAUAAAAAAUAAGGAGGAAAUUCGAGGGUUGAAUGUUUACUACCAGUGGAUAGGAUAAAUGUCUGAUAUUCCAUAUCUGACCAGAAAAGGGUACCUCGAACUGCUCAUUUUAAAAAUAAAUCAGUAUUUAUGAAGACUACACCUGACUACACCUGAUGGCGCAAAUAUUAACCACUGAAUGAUACGCGCCGUAUAAGCUAAAACAACAACAACAAAUUCAUCACUUGAGAGAGUAAAAUGGCCCUAAUUCUUCCGCCAGGAAAAAUAUAGUCCCAUAGUGGGGAUAUAUCUUUCCAAUUUGGAAAAAGGAAGUUUAGUAGGUACCCUCCCUAGAAUCAGUGUUAGAUUGUCAGUCAUAUUCAUUCAUUUUUGUCAAUCAGCAAUAUCAAAUUUAGAAAUUGAGAAUGGGUUGGGUCGAAUGAAUAUUUUUUGCCUGCCAGUUGUAAUUAGGCCCGUGUGACCAGCAGUAGCAAGAGGGGUCCCCGGCAGAGUGUGCGUGUAUGUGUGUGAGAGAGAGAGAAAGAGAGAGAGAGGGGGUGAGGGGGGGGGGGGCCGCCCAUAUCCUUUUUCAAGAAGUGGGGAAAGGAAUAAAACGGAUAAUGACAGAGAAUAAGAAAUGAGAAGGAAAGUAUAGGUGGACCUAGCUCUGCAUGAUUAAAAAAUGACGUCAUCCUUAGAUCGCCUUGCCACCCCUUUUCCAAACAACAUGGCACCGCCCCGUACAGCAGUCCAUGGAAAGUGAGUGGAAAUCUGGGUCCCGUUUCAUAAAUACUUGUUACAAUAACAAAUUCAAAUUAUCUAUAACACCUCUGUUAUCAACCAAUCAAAUUGAAUGAUUUCAGUAGCUUUAUACUAUUCUUGCAAAUUUAUCAUUGUAACAAGUUUUAUAGAACGAGCCCAUGAUUAAUAGCUCAAAAUACGUUCAAUUCGUUCAGGAAGUCGUGAUUGAUUUUAAGAACAUCUUAAUGAAAUAGCCUUAAGUCGCCCUUUUUUUUUUGGGGGGGGGGGGGGCUUAGAUAUUACUUACCGGCCUUCUGCCAUAGGGCAUGUGGGCAGCCUGUAAAUAUAUUGUCAGUAUCCUUCAUUCUAUCUUAAGGGCCUAUUAAAAUAUUAUUUUUCUCUCUUCAGUUACUCUAUAUAUGCAACAGUCUCAUCAACGAACCGGGUUCAAAUCGAUUAAUGGUAUGUCAUUCGAAUACUUUAAAAGCCAUGAUCGUUCUGGCAUGUUUUUUUUUUUGGUGUGACUGUAUUGAGCAAUGCUGUCUUUGGCACUGUAUAUUGAAAUUCUGGAUAGAAUAACAACAUACAGCGAAUAAAUUUUUUAAUUAAGCCCUAUCCAGAUUC